AUGCUACAAGAUACGGUUUUCAUCAAUAAUUUGGCUUCUAUAGCCAUUACUGGUAAGGAUGCUUGGAAUAGACCAACGCCGCAACCAAUUACCAUAUCUGUAUCAUUAAAUACUGACUUUCACCAGGCUUCAGUAACUGAUAACCUUAAGUACUCCUUAAAUUAUGCAGUUAUAUCAAGAAAUAUUGCUGAGUAUAUGAAAGCAAAUGAACAUAAGAAUUUCAAAUCUUUAGGAAGCAUUGCAGAGUCUGUUGGAGAAAUUGUACUAGAUGAUAAAAAAGGAGGUGGUCAUCAAGCUGUUGUUUCGAUUAAGAGUAAUAAGUCUGAGAUUCGAGCUGAUAGUAUUGAAUACAAGAUGUGCAGAUCAAGAACUGGAGACAUUGAAAUACCUGAUGAAAUCAAUGUUUAUGGAUUAAAAUUAUUAACUGUAAUUGGUGUAUUUACAUUUGAAAGGUUACAGAGACAGAUUGUAGACAUUGAUAUUUCCAUAAAAUUGAAAAAGAAUGCUAACAUAUCAAUUCAUAAGAUCAUUGAUGAAUUAACCCUUUAUGUUGAAUCCUCUAAUUUCAAGACAGUAGAGGCUUUGGUUAUGAAAGUUGGUCAAUUAAUUAUUCAAAAUUAUGGUGAGGGAAUUCAAAAUGUAUCGGCCACAGUUACCAAGCCCAAUGCUAUUACUUUUACUGAUGGAGUAGGUGUUUCUUCCAAUAUGUCCGAAACCUCAUUUAAAGACGUUGAUCCAAUUACUGAUAUCGGGGCUAUUGCUAAAUCGACACCUAACUUUAAUUUGCCAACUUCUCUUGAGGACUCUAAAUUCAAUAAGUAUGACGAGCACAUUGCUUAUAUUGCAAUCGGGUCGAAUCAAGAAAACCAACUUUCAAACAUAAAUGAUGCAUUGCAAUUGUUGUCUUCGUAUGAUAUUAAGUUAUUAGCGACAUCAUCAUUGUAUAUUUCAAAGCCAAUGUAUUUUAAAGAUCAACCAGAUUUUUACAAUGCUGCAAUUAAAAUUUCAUUCAAGAAUAAGACACCACACGAUUUACUAAAGGUGUUAAAAGAGAUUGAAUAUGAUCAUGUGAAACGAGUCAAAGAGUUUGAUAAUGGCCCAAGAACUAUAGAUCUUGACAUUCUAUUAAUUGACGACAUCAUUUUAAACACUGACGAUUUAGUAGUCCCUCAUAAAUCUAUGUUAGAAAGAACAUUUGUUUUGCAACCAUUAUGCGAAUUGCUCGGUCCAGAUGUAUUACAUCCAGUUAGUGCUGAACCACUCCACAACCACUCACGUCAAUUAUUCACUAGCGAGACAAACGAACUGAUUCAAGAAUCUUCUAAUUUGCUACAAAUUGUGCCAAUCCCGAGAUUAGAAGAUACAAAGAAUCCAUUAAAAUUCGACCAUGUUGAAAACAAACACAAAACAUUGAUUAUGGGCAUUCUCAAUAUAACUCCUGAUUCAUUUAGUGAUGGAGGAAAGAAUUACCAUAAAUCCAUAGACGAAAUUCUUGAAAACGCGAGCCAAUUAAUAGAACAGGGUGCUGAUAUCUUAGAUAUUGGUGGUGUUUCCACUAGACCAGGCAGUGUAGAGCCUUCGGUUCAAGAAGAGCUUGAAAGAUUAUUGCCUGUUGUCAAGGCGAUCAGGGAGUCCUCUAAUAAUGCAUUAUCUCAAUGUGUGAUAUCAAUUGACACCUAUAGAGCCAAAAUCGCGGAAGAGUGCUUGUUGGCCGGUGCUGACAUCAUUAACGAUAUUUCUAUGGGCCUUUACGAUGAUGAUAUGUUCGAUGUGGUUGCAAAAUAUGGCUGUCCAUAUAUUAUGAAUCAUACGAGAGGAACCCCACAAACCAUGUCAAAGCUAGCAAACUACGAAUCAAAUACAAAUGAAGAUAUAAUCGAAUACUUGGAUGAUCCUGUAACUGGUCAUCACAUUUCACUUCCAAAGCCUGAUGUGGAUAAUUUAAUCAAGGGUGUUUCUAGAGAGCUUGGUUUACAAAUCCUCAAAUCAUUCAAUAAAGGUGUUAAGAAAUGGCAAGUGAUUUUGGAUCCUGGUAUUGGAUUCGCUAAAAACCUUCCCCAAAAUAUUAAUGUCAUCAAGUAUGCCUCUGCAUUUAAAAAUUAUUCCAUGUUAGUAAAUCAAAGAGAUGAUAAUGAUCAUAUCAAUCAUUCCUACAUCAGUUUCAGUGGUUUAUGUACUCUUUUAGGUCCGUCUAGAAAGAAAUUUUUAGGUACUAUAUGUAACGAACCAGUUGCAUCUGAAAGAGUCAUAAGUACUGCAGCAUCUGUCAUGGCCUGUAUCCAACAAAAGACUGACAUUAUUAGAGUCCACGACGUUUCUGAUAUGAAGAAGACAUGCUUGACUGGUGAUGCAAUCUAUAAAGGUAUAUAUUAA